GGAGAAAGAUGCGAGCAAAGCCAUUCGGUCCGUUGUGGCAACGCUGCCGAAUAUCCAACAGCUAAAGCCGGAGCAAGAACAAGUUUUGCUGAGUUUUGUUGGUGGCCAUGAUGUUGUGGCCCUCCUCCCACGGGGUUCGGGAAAAGUUUGAUUUUCCAGCUCACUCCGUUAGUGGUGAAGGAGUUGGCUAAGGCGAACGCUAGCGAUUCAAAGCCGAUAGUUGUUGUUGUCUCCCCUCUUGUUGCACUAAUGGAGGACCAAGUAAAGGAGGCAGAAAAGUUGGGAGUUUCUGCUGGGCAGCUUGGUGUGCACGAUGACCGUGACGUUUUGGCUGGACGCUUGAGCCUGGUGUUUGGGAGCCCCGAGUCCUGGCUGCUAAACAACAAAUGGCGACGAAUGCUAGGCUCGACCAUAUACCAGGACAACCUCAUUGGUAUCGUCGUGGACGAGGUCCAUGUUACAUACAAAUGGGGCGAGGCUUCCAAAGGCGAGUCGGCAUUCCGAGACAGUUUUGCAAAACUCGGAGAGCUGAGAUCUAUCACCAAGCAGGGUAAACCUGUUUUGGCGCUCACUGCCUCAGCUGACAUCAAGUCCAGAAGCAGAGUCAUCAGACUACUCCAUAUGGACAAUGCCUUUCAAAUCAUCGCUAGUCCCAACAAGACAAACAUCCGUCUCGGAUUCUGCAAGGUGCCCAGCCAUCAAAUGAACUGCCUAGACUGGAUAGUUCAGCAUGUAAAAGACAAGGGUGCAACCAUGCAACCUGUCUUAAUUUACUGUGGUAAUGUACGGGGCUCCAGGGGACCUAGAGGCAAUUGUACAACAAGUGGGCAGAACUGGAAGGGAUGGUCAGCCAUCAUAUGCCAUCCUUUACAACACCGGACAGUAUUUGAAGGUGGAUGAAGAGGUUAAACAACUGCUUGCUGUUGGAAAAAACACGUUUUAGGAAAUCUCUCUAUGCACAUUUUGAAGCAGAACCCAGCUAUGUAGAGCCAUGUCAUCUCUGUUGUACAUACUGUCAGACUGUUUGCUCUUGUUCAUCUGGCACAUGUACAGAACCCACGCCAAAUUAUGAACGGAUUGAAGAUGAACCAAUUAAUCAGAGAUCUAGGUAUGUGGAUGCAAAUGACAAAUCUUUGAUUGCAGAUUUGCUGAAUGACUACAGGGGUAGUUUAAUCAAAUCCUCUAAUCGACUGUACACCUCACAUGCAGCUUGCACUGGAUUCAGUCAGCAACUGGUGGAUGCAGUGUUGACCCAUUGUCAAAACAUAUUUGACCUGUCGUACAAUAUUGCUAACCUUCCUGUGUUUAGAUUGGACGAUGCAAAGAAGAUUUUAACUAUCAUUAGUGAUGUUUUUGGGGAUAUUGAUGUGGAUCUGCAAUAUGAUUCAGGCGGGUAUUUAACUGACCCAGAUCUCUAUUACAGUAACUACUUUGACGAUGAUGAUGCUGUUGUUGAAGAUGCACUUAGUGGACAUGUCAGUAGCUGUGAUGAACAGAACACUUUGAACCACUUUGUGUACCCGUGCAGGAACAUGGUUGGUGUGUCAGUUGUACAUAUUGUUUUAAAUGUGUGUUUAGGUGUAAUUUGUGCUUUUCUACAAAACUGUACAUAUCCAAAAUA